CGAGGAGUACGAGUUGUAUACGUGGUUUGGAUUUCUCAUCAGGAAGCCGCCGGCGGGCUCUGGGAAAGGCUGAAUACGUAAGCAGACAACGCUGGCAGAUCCGCUUCAGCUGUGCCUGUCUUUUGCUCCCGCCGGAAUAACCUCCACCUCGCGUCGCGUGGCCAAUCUCGUCUUCGUUCCACUUCCCAUCGCAUAUCACUCGCUGCCACAAUGCUCGUCCCGUCGCACCUCCGCGACCACCUCCUCCACUCCCUCUCCCCGCUCCCAAACACCCAGCCUCUAGGCCUCACCGUCCUCGCUUCCCAGCCUAAACGCACACGCGAGCUCUUCCCACACGCUGUCCACCCACCAAAAUGCACACAGCAAGAAUGGUUGGUCGUUUUCGACUCGGAGAUGGAGACGGACAAGGUCAGUAUCAAAGACGCGGGAGACGGCAAGAGCGCGAAGCAUCCUCGGGUCCUCAUCGCCGCCAUAUCCGCCCACCUCUACACCUUUUCCCCCUCCGUCCCUUCCGUCCUCUACAUAUCCAAAGUCGACUCCUCGGGCUAUUCUUCAUCCGCCACCCCUCUCCCGCUGACACGCCACUUGAUCCGCUCCUUCAUCCUCUUCUUCCUCGCCCACUGCCCUGCUCUGCGAGUCCAGCUUUUUGCAAGAGCACAGAGACAGUACUUGUUUGCAAACUCGGCGGAUUGGAAGGGAAAGAAAGUCCUGGGCGGAGCGGGACUGUGCAAGUGGUGGAAGGGGGUCUAUGAGGACGUGGUUAGUUCGUGGGCAUCUUCGUCUCCCAGCCCUGGUCCGGCUGGAUCUACUGGAUUGAAAUUAAAAGUAGAGAAACAGGCCAUGAAAUUACGGUUCAUCUUACCUGGGUAUGAUGAGCAAGAAGCCAAAGCACUCCUUGGAGCUGGGAGACCUUUACCAGAAGGCGUGGAAUGGACGUACACACCACCGUUCACAUCGCCUCUCAUCCCAUCGGCUUCCGGCUCUGGCUCCGGCUCCGAUCCCAAAAUAUCGCUCGCAACGCUCAUACCGUCCUUACCAGAUGACCCCAAAACCCGUUUUCUCCAAGAACUCGUCUCUGAACAUCCCCGUCCGCCCACCUCUUCAGCGACUGCCAAAGACGAGCAAGGCGGACAGGAAAUAUCAAAUGAUGGGUCAGGGCCGGGAACAGGACGAGGUGGAAGAGAAGGAGGAAAAGAAGGCAAGACAAGGAAAUUGCACGAAGCAGAGGAAGACGCUGCUCAACGAAAGUUUGCGGAAAACAUCUUGCAUUCCGUUGGGAUCGCCGAGUUUUGGGAAAGGAUGGGGUUCAGGCAGGAAUGUGCGAGCGGGGAUGUGACGGGGUUCUUCACGCUCGAAUCUGUAACAGAGGUAGAGAGUAAACGGAAAAGCGAAGAAUCGUCCCCUGAUGCCACCACGCCCAUCGCCACCGCUGCCGCCGCUGCUACCCCCGCCAUCGCCAAAAACGCGCUCCUCCCUCAAGCCAUCACCGAACGCCUCCUUACAGCGCUCACCAACCUCGAUUUCGCGAGCCCUUCUCUUGCAAUAGAAGGAAGCACGAUCUGGCUCGAGCAAACGCGUUCGAUCGUCGUCGGUGAAGUGGGAAAAGUGGGGUGGGACCUUUGUGUAGGGAGGAUUGAGGCGAAGGCUGGACAGGCGGGGCAAACUGGACAGGCUAACAUGGGGGUUGGAGAUGGUGGGGCUCGGGAAGGAGCUGGAGAAGGGGUAAGGAAAAGGGAAGAGGUUGUGACCAUGUUACAGCCGAGAAAGAAAAAAAAGGUCGUUCAAUAACGCCUCAAAGGAUUUCCUUGACCAGUUAAAAUUAGAUACAGAUAGCUAGCAUGCAUAUAUAAAACUCUUUGUU